ACUGUCUGUGUCUUCACCAAUAACUGUACUGAUAAAAGUACUGUAUUUACUGACCAAAGCUACUAUCUGUGUCUUCCCCAGCGCUGCAAGGACAAGCUGAACACUCUGGCCAUCUCCGUCCUGAACCAGUGGCCAGGGGUCAAGCUGAGGGUCACCGAGGCCUGGGAUGAGGACGGCAUGCACGCGGAGAACUCUCUGCACUAUGAGGGCCGGGCGGUGGACAUCACUACCUCAGACAGGUCACUCGCUGAGUAUGAAUUAUUGAUGGUCAAGGCCGUUUCUGCUGGCUAUAAAUGGAUAUUUUUUUCAUCCAAAUCUCAUCUCCCUACCUCUUGUGUCUCCACAGACUCCUCGGUGGCCAUCAAGAUCGGCGGCUGCUUCCCUCCACACAGCCUGGUCCUCACCCAUCACGGAAACACGGUACCCAUGACGGAAGUCCACGUCGGAGACCGCGUUCUGAGCAUGCGCAGUGACGGACAGCUGGUGUACAGUGACGUCGUAGCCUUCCUGGACCGCAGCGCGAGCCAAGUGGGUCAGUACUACUCUCUGAGCACCGAGUCGGGUCGACAGAUCACCCUGACGGCCAAGCACCUUAUCUACGUCACAGGCGGGACGCCAGAUGACGUGGACAGCCUGGCGUUAGGGUCGUCUUCACCAAAGAUGUCGUCAUCAUCUUCUCCUUCCUCGCCCUUUUUUUCUGAUACCUCAGUUUCUCCCAGCGUUGUGUUCGCUGAGGAGGUCAGAGUGGGUCAGUACCUCAUUCUGGCUCACACAGACGGCACGGACUUCGUUCUGCCGCCCCACCACAGCGCGGGAGACGUCUCUCCAACUGGUGACGUCUUUAAAACUGAUGACGUCUCUCAAACUGGCGGCGUCUCUCAAACUGGCGGCGUCUCUCAAACUGAUGGCGCUUCCUCCUCCCCGCGGAGGGGGGCAGGUAGAUCUACAUCUGCGCCACAAGACAUUGACAAAAACGUUGUGUAUACCUCCCCUCCCACUCCCUCCCCCUCCUCAAGCGUCGGGUUCACGCGGGUAGAGAGAGUGGUGUCCGUCAGCGCGCGGUCAAUGACCGGGGUGUACGCGCCGCUGACGUCACACGGGACUAUCGUCGUGGACGGCGUCGUCACUUCCUGUUACGCUUUCAUCAAAGACGAGCGUUUGGCUCACGGAGUCUUUGCCCCUGUGCGGGCGUACCACGUGAUGAAAACACUUGUCAGUGAUUGGCUGAGGGAAUAUUAUGGACCCUUUUUCAGUUGGAUAGAGAAGUUGGCGAUACCGGUAUUGUCCCCUGUUGAUAAAUCGUUGGUGGCGGCGGGGAAUGGAACUGUCUGCCCUCAGCAAGACGGGGCCCACUGGUACGCCCGGGCCCUCUACAGUGUAGCCAUAAAUGUAUUGGGGAUGGAUCUGACCAUAGCCAUAUGAAUACCUCUGCGAGUAUCUAGGAUUCGGAGAGGCGAAUACACUGAUGCACAGACACACAUUAUUGAUGCUGAAAAGUUCAGUAGUAAACUUAGUGACAUUCAUAUACAUGUACUUGCAUGAGCACACGAGCACCGACAGGAACAGAAUUACAUGCUUAUAGAAGAUAGCAACAACAACAACAACAGCAACAACAACUACAACAACAACAACACCAACAACAACUACAACUGGUCGUGCACUUGUAGCGUGUUUAUUCACGCCAACAACCUCAAGGAUAGUACAUACAUAGGGACAAAGGAAACUCAGAACAAAGCCACCCGAA